GACAAGUGUCUCCUCUGAGUUUCCCAUCGCAUUCGUGAUCAUUUCCUCCGUCUGUCUCUUUUCCCCACGCGUGAACGAGUGAAACGUAUAAGUGAACGACUUUACGAAAGAGAAUUCAAGCUAAUGAGCAACACCAUAUCGUGUUGAGCUGCGAUACCGAGUGGGCACGCCUUGACUGCUCCCUCGAAUUCACUGGGGAAUUGUACAUCAGUUUUUAGUCGAAUGUUUCGGCUUGUCUGAGGGCUAAACAGUUGAAGAGAUUUUUGUCGUGAGGACAGAGGUGUGUGCGGACAAUUAUAUUCUCGGCGGGAGAUUAUUCCACUUAUUCAUUUUUCUGGUUGAAACGAGGGUCUUACUCAAUUGUGCCAUGAUGAACUACGGAGAAUCGCCAGCGAAUUUGGAGAGCAGGUCAAACCUGCGAAGGAUUGCUCGUCACGACGAGCCGGAGUUUAGUAACGCGAGCAUUCUCCACAGCAUGGAGAAGUUCGUGAAAGCAGUGAGCGAGAUGGAGGAGACAAUUCUAGUCCCCUCGCGUCUCCUGGACCUCGCAGUGGGUGACGCAAGUGACACAGUGAGCCAGAAGGGCUUAAGUAACAUCAAGAACACAAUGCCCCACACGGACCUCUACAGGCUCUACAACAUCGUCACCAAGACGAAGCUGGAGCUCAUGUGGUCCCAGAAGUCCAAUGCCGACACCCAGGACGACGAGGACGAGAUCACCGAUGAUGUCCGCCGGAAGAACCGAGCGACGAGUGACGCCGUGAGACUAGGCCACGCCCGCUGCCCUAGUACCACGUCAAUGCAGAGCAUGCAGAGCGCCUCCUCACUGAUCUCAAGCUCAAGCUCCUGCGACUCAGACUCUGACAUUGGAAUUGAGAUUGAUUCAGGAUUGGAGAGUGAGGAUUCACCCAACGACAGAUGCGCCAAUCAGGCAGCUGAGACCUUCAGGCGUCAUCUCCAUGGGCUCCAUCGCAGCAUCAAACGCAUGACCUCGGCUGCUGAAUACCUCACCCUCAGAUAUCAGAUCGACGUCGGAGGACAAGUUUAGUUUCGCCACUAACACUCCAUUCUUUUAUCCUCGUCUUUUUUUUUCAAUCGUGUUGACCAAUUCAGCUUGUCCGCGUCGUCCUGACAGUCUAGAGUCUCUCGCGAGUUAGAUCCUCGCUGGAUCGAGGUUCAACAAGGAAAAAUGAUUACAGGGCAUUUAAUCCGGGGAAAUCCUGAACAAAUAAAUCCUGAGGUGCGGCGAAAACUUUGCGCCAUGAACUCUCAGCCAAAAAGGGAUGGAAAGAUCUGAAGGAUAGCUUGAAAAAUUUGUUCAUUUUCCAGCAACUGGAUGAAACGAGUUGGAGGUGAUCUGAAGGGGAUAAAUAAUUUUAAUAAAUGUUUAAAAACACGAGGUGGUCGACGGGUGUAAGCGCCGCCAUCUUGCUUGGGCCCCCCUCCUCAAAUAUUGAAUUAAUAACAAGGCUAUGAGAAGAAAACUUGAAUACUGAAUUUCACUGAAUUCUUCUGGGAUAUAUUCCCGUAUAAUAAAUAUUCCACACAUUCAGUUGAAUGCAAAAAAUUCAAAGUCAAAGGACUCAAUGUGCUUAACCUCAUUUCCACCCCAUCAUGUCCUCUGUGGUUCUUAUACUUAAUUUACCGUAACAACACUCCUGUAUUAUUCAUGAUGAAAGGAAUGCGCUGUGUGUUGACAUCAAUUUCUUUUUCAAAAUUCGAGAUUCCGAACCCCAGAAUGAAAAAAAAAAUACGGCCCUGUGACUCCACCCAGUGGGGGCACCACGACGCUCUACAGCAUUAGAAUUCACUACUACAGUGUCAGAGUGCUUGGCCAUUGGCCGUUCCCCCACUAUGUUCACACUGAUACGUUUCGUGACCUUGGCGCUGGAAUGGGUUCAAAAUGGCGGCGCACCCACCUCGUAUUUUCAAACACUUCUAAAAAUGAUUUAUCCUCUCCAGAUCACCCUCAACUCACUUCGCCCAGUUUCUACGAAGUGAACAAAUUUUUUAAGCCCUCUUUCAGAUUUUUCCAUCCCCUUUUGGUGGUUUUAUCCACUCCCGAUGUCUCUCAGAGGAAAAUUCCGCAGGACGACAUGGCGUCGGGAUCAAUUGAAACAGAAUUAUUUUGUCUAGGACCUCCCUCACAAGGAUUGAAUGCCCGAUCACCACAAAAAGCUGAUGAUGAUGAGAACAAGCUGAAAUCGGUCGAAUUCAGGGAUUUUCAUAGCGUGAAGGACCCAGCGAGCUAUAGCGAGCGUAAUGUACGCAACUUCUGCUUUCUCUUGAUGAUUAAUAAACAAGAGCUAUUGAAAUUGUCUCGCAGAACUUGAGUUGUGCAAUUGUAAAAAUGAAUGUAGCUUCUGUGGGUCUUCACCGUAAAUUCAGAGUAAUAAUACCCGUCACGCCCAUUACGUCUGCUUUUAUUAUUUCCUCAAGAGAAAAAUCCAAACCACCAUUUCCGACUAAAAUGUGAAUCUCUGAGUGCUUGGAGUCAGCAAGAACCGACGAUUCAACAUGUCACGAGGAAAAAUUCAAUAGUAACAACAACUGAAAUGGAAUAUCGUUUUAGAAAAUAAAUGCGAAUCAUCGACGCUGUUCUAGAUUAAGUUCAUAACUAUUUAUUUUUUAUUACGCUGUAUGUCACGUCUGAAAAAUCCCAAACUCCAUGAGUCCUAUUUAUAUGUACAUUGAAGAGAAGGGUUUCUCGGCAGUAAGACACUCGAUAAAUUCUCCCCUCCGUUUUGUCAUUGAAAUGAUUACUUGGACAAUUAGAAACAGAAAGCCUCCUUCUCAAGUUCAAAACCCGUUCGAUGACGCACAUGGAAGAAAAAAAACACUCGCAAGUGGAAAAAAGAAAGCAGAUUAUGAAUAAGCAAUUGGAAUGAUGAAUUUCCUACUUGUUCUUUCUGUACAUAUGUUGUACAUAGAAUUUAAAAAGUCGUCGUGUAAAAAAUUAGGUGGUAAUGACACUUUUAUAAGUUUAUUCUACGCUCUUGCGAACUAUUCACGUCACUGCUGUACACUAGGAGAAUAUUUCAGAUGAAUAAGGAAGGAUUAUUGAAUUGUCUAUUGCACUUUAAUUGAGUAAAUCAAAUGAAACAGAUGAAGUCUUCAUUUUAUUCUUUCAUUAUGAAAAUAGACGGUGACGUGACGACAAAUUCAUUGAAAUAUUUUCAAUCUGAAUAGUUUUUAUUUAAUAACCGAUGGUGAAUGAGUUAUUGAUGGCAAAUAUCGAGUUGUUGAACAAAUGACGUUAUUUGAUGUCUUAUGCAUCAAUCUAUUGAACCUAGAAUAAUAGAUAUCGAACAUUUUUGUUUACACACAAAGUAAAAAUGUUUCCUCUGACUGUACAAGAAUGGUAAAUAAAUUUGCAACUGCCUUUUA